GUCAGGUUUUGUACACUUUCGCUAAGUCGCUAACUCCGUUAGCUCACGCAGGUCCGGAGUCUGGAGACUGAGUUUGGUGUCGCAGAAGAACUCUGGCUUUAGGCAGUCUGGAAUAGGUAUGAGUGAUUUCAGUGAAGAAUUGAUAAGGCCCACAACAGAGGAUGAACAGGGGGAACUGCCUGUGCCCUCUGGUACAGAAAUGUGUCUUCCUUGGCUCCAAAAGCAUAUAGAAACCAUAGCGACUGGAGGAAAACGGGAGAAGGAUUUUGCUCAGACAACAAGUGCUUGUUUAAGUCUUAUCCAAGAAGCUCUGCUGAAGCACCAGUGGCAGCGAGCUGCAGAAUACAUGCACAGUUACUUUCAGAUCUUGGAAGAUUCAGAUAGCAACAAAAGACAGAUUGCACCGGAGAUUAUUUGGAGGCUUGGAAGUGAAAUUCUUUAUUAUCAUCCCAAAAGCAAUGUACAGACUUUCAAUACCUUUGCUGACCGGAUGAAAAAUAUUGGUGUCAUGAAUUACUUGAAGAUCUCCUUACAACAUGCAUUAUACCUUCUGCAUCAUGGUAUGCUUGAGGAUGCGAACAGAAAUCUCAGCCAGGCAGAGACGUGGCGGUAUGGUGAAAAGUCGUCUUCUCAGGAAGUGUUAAUCAACCUUAUUCAGGCCUAUAAAGGACUUUUGCAGUAUUAUAUUUGGUCUAAAAAGAAGAUGGAAUUGUCUCAGCUUGAUGAGGAUGAUUAUGCUUACAACACAGCGUCCCAGAAUAUGCUCAACCACAGCUGGAAGACAUCUAUAAACCUUUGUGCAUUGAUUCAAAUUCCUGGAGUUUGGGACCCUUUUGUGAAGAGUUAUGUAGAGAUGCUGGAAUUCUAUGGGGAUCAAGAUGGAGCCCGAGAGGUGCUUACCAAUUACGCCUAUGAUGAAAAGUUCCCAUCAAAUCCAAAUGCUCAUAUCUACUUAUACAACUUUUUAAAGAGAGAGAAGGCACCAAGAGAGAAACUGAUAAGUGUGCUUAAGAUUUUGUAUCAGAUUGUACCAUCUCAUAAACUGAUGUUAGAGUUCCACAGAUUACUGAGAAAAUCAGAAAACGAAGAACACCAUAAACUGGGGUUGGAGGUAUUAUUUGGAGUCUUAGAUUUUGCUGGAUGCACUAAAAAUAUAACUGCUUGGAACUAUUUGGCAAAAUAUCUCAGACAGACUUUAAUGGGGAGUCAUCUUGCCUGGGUUCAAGAAGAGUGGAACUCCAGGAAAAACUGGUGGCCAAACUUUCACUUCAGCUAUUUUCGGGCAAAAAGUGAUUGGAAGGAAGAUAAAGCUUUGGCUUGUGAGAAAGCUUUGGUAGCUGGGUUAUUGUUAGGAAAAGGUUGUAGAUAUUUUCGGAAUAUUUCAAGACAAGAUCAUCAAGUCUUAAAAAAGAAAAUUAAGCAGAUCAAGAAAUCAGUGAAAAAAUACAGCAUUGUAAAUCCAGGACUCUGAUACUGAAUUUUAGUUACUUCAGAUUAGUAGCUACAGAGUAGUAACUCAGUUGAUAGCUUUAAAUGUAUUUAUUUAUUUGGUAUUUUAAGAAGGUAGCUUAUUUGGCUAUGAAAAAGUUAUAUUUAUAUUUU